GUGCUCUCCACCUGUAAACUGAUCAUCAGUGGAUCAAUUCUGAAUGACUGGAUGGCUUGUGGAUAUCCAACAGAUGUCCAAGAAAAGUUCACUGUAACACAGGCACUAGUUAAAAGUGGAGCCGAAGACAUGGUGCCCAGCUCCAACCCAAAUUCUCAGGCUGACACAGAUAUUGAUGAAGUCCCAUUUCUCCCUGGGAAAGAUGGAUACAGCAUACCUUGGAAAGAAUCCUUCUCCAGGUUUUCUCGGGACUCAGAGAGCUUUAGGCAGUGGAAUGAAGAUCUCUUUGUGCAGGAGGAUGUGGUGUUUACUGACUGCUUGGCAGAAUUCCGCAGACAAAUUCCAAAGCUGUUUAGCAGGCUGAGGAUUCUAUCUGUUCAAGACCCUCUGUUGAAUGUUACAGGAGACGUCUUUAGGGAGGACAUGUUUUUCAGAUACCAUGUGCCUUUGGAUGAGAUAGUGAUUGCAGAUGCAGAGGGAUCUGAUCUACAGAAUGAGGAUUUCAGCAAAGUUACAGUGCUCAGUGUGGAGUCUCUGAUGUUGCCCUUUGAAUUGGACUAUAAAACUCUUCAGCAGAAAAGCAGUGCCCUGCCCAUCAGGGAGCUUUGUGAUUCAUUAAGAAUUUCUCCUGAGUCUUUAGUGGAUGAAAUGACGUGUCUAGAAACACUCACGCCAGAUGUAAGUGCUGAAUUCAGAAGUGCCUUAGAGGUAUCGGAGUAUGACGGAUCCAGUGGGGCUGACUCUGUGGUUUUCAUGGAAAGUACUGUGAGCACGCUGGGGGACACCACACCAGUGCGCUCCAGGCUGUACACACAGAUGGAAACAGACCCUCCUCUUUCACCCGUGUGCCAGACCCCCCAGCCUGCAGCCCGAGGGUCCUGCAGGGAGCUCACAGCAGAGCAGCUGUCCCCAAUCUAUAGACAUCACCUGAUUUCGGACAGUGACAGAGAGGGGAUAGAAGGAGUGCUGUGGCAGGCAGAGAAACAUAUCUCUUCUCUCAUAGGGCUCCUUCUGGCAGAACCACAGACUCCUGAGCCAGAACUACAGUACCGGAUUGCUGCAGAAACCUUUGGGCUAAUAGCAGCUGAGACAGACUGCUCCAUUAAUGAGGAACUAAGAAGAGAUGAUCAUAAACAACUCACUUUGAAUGUGGGCCAGUCAAGAUUUGUGGAGAAUCUGGGCACCACUUCAUAUGAUACAACAGAGAAGUCAACAUCAACAAGCGAAGAUUUCUCCUUAUUAUCCAUGAUAGAAAUAGACAAUAUUUUAAAGGACUGUAGCAAUGAGACAGAAUGCCCUGUGGCUGCUGUCACACACAGUGAAACGAAAGUCAGGUCCAUUUUGAAAGACUCGAAUCAGAAGCACAUGACACCUGAGAAAGACAAAGGACGAACCCUAAAAGUAUCAAUCACUGAGGCAGCAAUUGAUAAGCCAAGUCAAAAAAGAGAACUUGCAUCAUCAGAAAGGUGUGAGCCAAGCAAAAUGGCUUUAUCCUUACAAGAAAGCAAUAGUGAUCAUUGUGCAUAUGCACAGCAUACAGGUGACCAUAAAUUCUUCUCUAAGGAUGCAAAAGACUCUUGCAACAGUGGAACGGCCUCAAAAUCACAACAGGAGAAUUUGGAUCCUCUUGCAACCUUUAUAAUGCUGAGGUCCAAGCAGUUGCCUGAAGGGACUUCUGCUGUGCACAGCACACAGUGCAAAAGCCAGAACAACACAGCACCCAAGGUGGAGGUGAAGCCUCUCUGUGCUGCACCAGCAGAUUCAAGCAGCGAUGAGAAAACCAGACACAGUGCGGUGAUCGAAAUCCAAGCAUCAGAGAGCCAGUGUCAGGCGUAUUGUCAGCUUCAAGAUGUGGCCUCAACUUUCAUCUCCAGUGCUAAAGAACUGGGCAUGUGUACAGCUGCCCGUGGCAGUUUUUCCACUCUGACUUCUGACCAAACACGCUUCUUUCUGAAGCAGCAGGAGAAAGUGCUCAACAGCAGCCUAAAACAAGGUGAACCCAGCGAGACGGAUGUGUCCCUGUACAAGCAGGCUGCUCUGGUACACUUGCUGGUGACUGUGAGAGACCUUCUGCUCAUGUGUGAUCUCAACACAGCUGUGGACUACCUAGUACAUGCCAAGGAAACGUAUGUAAGCACCCUUGGGACCUGCUUGGAUGAAAUCUGGUCGAGGCUGCGUGUGGUGCAGUACAUCAGCCAGAAGAAAGAGGAAGCUAACCCCAAAAUAGCAGAACUCCAGCAGCAGACGCUGGCAUGGAUACAGAGAAACAGCUCUCCGAACCAAAGCCCCAAAGUUCUUGUCAUUAUAAGGAUGGAUUCAGAUUGUGUGAGGGCUCUACUUAUUAAAAAUCUCAAUAAAGUUAAAGGUCUCUCCGCUGCAGCUGUGUUUCCUGAAGAAAAAAGCAGGCUGAACUGCAGAGUUGUGCUGAACUGUCUCCAGCGAAGUUCAUGUGUGGUAGCCUGCAGUCAGCACAUCCACGCUGAUUUCCCCUGGCAGCAGUUCUCCCUGGUGGUGGAGUAUGACUACAUGGACCACUCAGGCUGGACUGCACUCUGCAGAGAGAAGAACAUCAGUCACAUGGCUUUGAAAAUUCAAAUUCCCAGCACCGUCUCUACAAAUGCAGUGUCCCAAAAUGGCUCGUCCUCCCUGCUGCUGGAUCUCGGGGUUCCUGUUGUGUUGCUGACCACCGAGGGGCUUUCAGACUCCCCAGAGCUGCUGCAAACCCUGGAGUCCAGAUACAAUAUCACUGUUGUGGAGAGAAGCUUUGUGCAGUCACUGCAGAUGUUUGGAGGGCCUCAUCAAUACACAGUGAUUACAGUUGAUGAACGCACCGCACUUGUCAUUCAGGACAUUGGGGAGCUGAAGAUGGACAAAGCCUCUGACCACAUUGUCUUGAGACUGAUGGCCCUGUCUCUGCAGUACAGCUGCUGCUGGCUUCUUUUCUACUCUUCACAUGGCCUGGACUCAGAGUACAGUUUCACCACAGAGGUCUUCAACAACCUGGUGCUGAUCUAUGCCGCUGUCGUACUGUUUGGGCUGAAGACAGAGGAUUUGGAGAUCAAGGUACUGAUUGCACCUGGAGUUGAAAAGACAGCUAUGCUGAUUUGCCAGAUAGCCAGUCACACCCUGAUGUCAUCCGAGAUAGACCCGCUGAAAUGGCUAGACAGGUCUUGGCUUUCUGUUGUGCCCACGGAGGCUGAGAGUAGCUUACUGGCGUUUCCCUGCAUCAACCCACUGGUGGCGCAACUCAUGCUGAGAAAGGCCCCAUCCUUAGACUGGCUCCUGGGGGCCUCUUUCACUGAGCUGCAGGAGCUGCUCCCAGAAGUGCCCCACAAGGUCAUCAAGCUCUUCAGCGACACCACUGCUCUGUACAAGAUGAACGUUUCUCAUUCUCCUCUGGAAUCCUGUGGGAAGGCCACUUCAAGGGAGUAUUCACCCUGUUCAGGACCUAGGCCAGUCAGCAGAGAGGACACACAAGGCUGGAUAGAGGUUUUAGAAAAAAAUCAGGGCAUGAAUUCUGAGCACCAUCCAUUAAGUGGAUCAGUCAGUGUAGAGAACAUGGCAGUGUACCGCAAAGAUCACGAGCCUUUUCCUGUUCCUGAAGAAACAGAAGGCACUGUACAGCUGGGUCAUUUCAGAGACUUGUCUCAUCCACCGCUGCAUGUCCACAGUGCAGAAGGUCACUGGCAACUGGGACGCAUUAAGGACAGUGAUCUGACAUCUAUGGGAGAGUAUUGUGGCGUACACUUCAAUUCCAAGCCUGCCGGACAUCAUCAUUCAAACUGGACAUCAGGAAGACCAAUACAGGCAGAGGCGUUUUCACCAGCCUAUGACAAAGAUCUGAGCUUCAAUAUGGGCCCUUCUAUAGACUGUCAGUUUGAGAGAGAGGCUGUUGACUACUACUGUCACCAAAAAUCCAAUUCCCCUGGUGAAGUGUCUCAGUUUGGUGUGGGUUUCAACGAGGACCCUUGCCUGUUUACCUCAAGCGUCUCGGCAGGAAUGCUGCAGGGGAGCAGCAUCAGUCCCUUUGGCCACACCCCAAGAGUAAUGGCGGACUCCGUGUUCAGUUUCAUUAAGACAGGAUAUGAAACCGACGUAAGCGACAACUCAGACCUUCUGGGGCCACUCAGGAGUACAUCCGACAAGAAGAGACGAGCAGGCAGAGCAGACGAGAAAGAGGCAUUUUCAGAAGGAUACACACUUUUACCACAGCCGAAGAGGAGGAAACUCACCUAUGAAAAAGUUCCAGGAAGAAUCGAUGGUCAGACAAGAUUAGCAUUUUUUUAGAAAUAUUUAAGGCUUUUUUUCUAGUUUUAAUUUGUUAUUGUUCUUCCAUUUAACCCCUCCUUUACCCAGAACACACUGCCACUUCCAGUUAUUGAAUUGUUUUAUGUGUGAGCCCAGUUAUGUUCAUGGUAUCUGUGUUAAUGCAUAGACUUCAUUGUUAGAAGACACAGAUGCAGUUUUUUAGGAAUGGUGCUGAAAUAUGCUGGCUUGGUUCUUGAAUGCAGAGCUGGAAUUGAUUUCUCUCUUUGUCAACACAAUUCUCCACAGUCCUUUUAAAUGAAGCACUUAGAAUUAGUCAGAACUUCCUCUUAGGAGAGGAACUUAGGGGAAUUUCCUGAUGGCUCUCAGUGUUUUUGUUGCCUGUUGUUUUCUCUUGUUCAGGAAACUUCCCAGUCAUGUUUCCAAUGGUUAUUUUAAGAGACAUAAGUAAACUGGUAACAAUCAAACCAAACCCUUUGUUUAACUGCAACUGAAUAAAUAUGUAUUACUUAAAACACCAAGCCUACGUUUUUUAAAACAGAUUUUUGCCCUGCCCUUUCUUCUACAUUGUCUCUAUGGUAGAACUGUUAUUACCCAUCACUGACCAAUACCAGAGCCAGUUAAAGUGUGGGGAUGAAACAAGGGAACAUUCUCCCAGAUGCUUUUCAUUCUUUUUAAGAUCCAGAACACAUGCAUCUUCUUGUAUCUGUGUAACUUCACAUUCUUCCAGUUAUACUGCACAGACAGUGAAACAUAAUCUGCACU